GUGGACACGUGUCCGUCCACUCUGACUUUCUCCUCCGAUCUUUUCUCGUUAACUCCCCCACAUUUAAACUUCCAUCUUCUUCCUUCCCACUCAACUCUGCUCUGCUAUCUCUCCAAAGAAAUUUUGAAGUGAAACACCAAAAUCCAAGAAAGGAUCACAAACGACAUGAUGGGUGGCGGCAACUUGGAGACAAGGUCAUUGCUUGAUGAUUUCCGUAGCUUCGACAAGGGUGGUUUCUUUGACCUCGGUCACCCCCUCCUCAACCGCAUUGCCGAGAGCUUUGUUAAAGCCGCCGGCAUUGGAGCGAUUCAGGCUGUGUCUAGGGAGGCUUAUUUUACAGCCGUUGAAAGUGCGCGGGCUGAUUCAAGUGAUCCCUCUGAAAUCACCCCCGGGGGUGCCAAGAAACAUCGUUUUCCUGAUCACAUCAAAGGAGAAACCAACAAAAAAACUCUUGAAGCAUUGGUGAAGAGCACUGGAAAGGAAUCCCUACAAUGGGGCUUGGCUGCAGGUAUAUAUUCAGGUCUAACGUACGGCCUAAAGGAGGCUCGUGGAGCUCAUGAUUGGAAAAACAGUGCAGUUGCGGGGGCAAUUACAGGGAUGGCAUUGGCAUUGACAUCAGAGGACACCACCCAUGAGCAAGUGAUGCAAUGUGCCAUCACUGGAGCUGCCAUUUCUACAGCUGCAAAUCUUCUUGCUGGGAUAUUCUAAAGUUAGAACCACUGGUAGGGUUGUGCUGCCUCAUUAUUAGUUUCCCUUUUGGCCAGAGAGACCAAUUUUUGGUAUCUUGGUGUUUUUUUUUCAAGGAUUUUUAAUUUCCUUUUGAAUGCAAGGAUAAAGGGUUUGGAAUCUCUCAUUGAGAAAAAUAUGUUUUAUAGUUUUCUUUUCUAAUGACUUCUAUGAUAAAUCGAGAGAUAACAACAGAAGUACUUGAAUUACUUAUUCCACCUUGUGAUUAUUGGUAAUUGCUAUAAAUGUCCUACAAUUUC